GUGAAAUGUGAUGAUGUCGAGGUGGCCCCUUUUUUGCGUAUCAUCGCGCUUCCUCGUUGACUGAUAUGGUACCCUGAGAGACCCAGCUUCCCUUUGAAUUUGUCCCGAUUGUGCUUUCGAAAGCCCUCUCGACGCGACAGCACCAUUACCCAACCAAAUCCGAAUAAACCUUUGAUGCUGAGUAUUUAUCGUCCUUUUCAGUAUUAUAUGGUACCGUGACUGAAUGGCAGAGUAAAAGUGAUAUGAGGUUCCUAAUUGGAGGUUUUUCAAAAAACGCAAAGAUUUGGUGAAAUUGUUCCUGCUUCCAGCAGGCAAUUACUACUUCGCUUCCUCAACUGAUCUCUUCUUAAAAGUACUAUUGCCAACUAAAACUACCAUCAAAAAUUAUGGCGGUGAAGCAGCCUUGUGGCCCAGCGGCAACGCUGAUGCUAGAAGAUGCGUUACAGAAAAUUAUUCACAGAGAUGGUUCGAAAUCCCUACGAAAAGAGAAGGAAAUGGGUCUCGUUCCGCUCGGUACGCAAAGCCCGUUCGGUGACUUUUAAGGGCAGGAAUGAACAGUGAUAAUUUUGAUUUGACAGAAAAGUUUGUCCUAGAGCGAGACAAUUGCGGACUGUCAAGUGGCUUCGUGGUACUAGUCCAAGCAUUCAACGCUAGAACAAGAACAACUUGUAGUUAUAGCCACCUAUGAAAACAGACUGUUUUAAACAGUAGAUUCCUGAGUUUGAUUUCUUGAAAUGUUUCUUCUUCAUGUACCCCCGGAAAACUACACGAAAGUCGUAAAGAAACCGGUGACGGAGGUGCCAACGAAGUUUGUCGCCACUACGGACGGACAGAAGCCGCCGCCCCGGGCAGGCGCUGCACAGCGAAGGCCAAUUUCUAGCACAGAAUUCCGUCGCUUUUACGAUCGAGGGGAUCUCCCAAUCCAAAUUUUUCACGGUGCAGCAGGAGGCAAAAUCGCUUGGAAGGUGUUAUUCUUCAUGAUUUCUUCGGAUAGAGAAUUGAGCUGUUUGACGCUUCAAUCAUGCAAGAGGAAGUUGGUCAUAAUCCCUCCACCAGGUUGAAAUCGAGAAGUUGGAUUAUCAUCAUUAUUUACCAAUUUUCUUCGACGGUUUGCGAGAGCGGGAGGACCCUUACAGAUUUUUGGCGGUGCAGGGUGUCUACGAUAUGCUCGAAAAGGGUGGAUCGAAAAUUUUACCUGUCGUCCCUCAGCUUAUCAUUCCGAUCAAAACCGCACUAAAUACGAGGUGUGUCGAGAUUGUUUGCACCACUAUCAAAGUCCUAAUUCAGCUCGUGCUCUCUGCGGACAUGGUUGGCGAAGCACUCGUCCCGUACAACUUUCUCUACUAUUUCAACACUGUUUUUAUCCACUUUGGUCUUCGUUUUCUCGACCCCUGAGUCGAAGGACGCACUCAUAAGUAGUUACUUACCUUAAUCCUCCGUAGUCUCUCCCAAUAAGCCGACUGAAUCAACGUGCAGGUAUUAUCGGCAGAUUUUGCCGAUUUUCAAUAUUUUCAAGAACGCGCAGAAGAAUCAAGGAGACUUGAUGGACUACAGCCAGCGGAAGCGAUUGAAUCUCGGCGAACUGGUCAACUUAAGGCACAUACACCAUCACCCUCUCGUUCACCUGCAUUUUGCUUUUUAGCUCCUUGUCAUCACUUUCUUUAGAUUGCGCCUGUCAAACAAGUUAAGUUGUAGAUGGAAUAAGUCCGCUCGCCUCCGCGACGACCUAUCUAAUCUCGGAAGCUCUGGAGGUAUUCGAGACGCAUGGAGGAGAAGACGCUUUCAUCAACAUCAAGUACAUGAUUCCGACCUACGAAUCGUGCGUAUUGUCGUAA